GAAACGUCGAAGUUCAAUGGGCAUGCGUCGCGGCGGCAAGUGGCGGUAUGGCGGCGGCGUCGGAACCACAAGUGACCAGCGACUGGUGGAGCAGGCCAAAGCGUCGAUGGUCGAGCAAUGCGCGGCCGAGGUGGAAUCAGCCAAGUCGUUGCUUACCGAACGCCUGCGAAAGGAGCAGAAGCGACAUGCCAAGGCGAUGGAAGAGCGGGAAAAGAGUGCGGAGGAGUUUUGUGUCAACCUGCAGGCCAAGUACGAGGACCUCCUCGGCUUCCAUGCCGCAUCGCAUCAACACCAGCUCCACGUGCUCCAGGAGUCGCUCAAUUCCGUCCGCAGGACGCAUAUUUCUCUGGAGGACCACGAGUUAAUCCUACACCAAAAGACGGCCAACAUAAACGACUCACAUGCAAAGGUUUUGCAAGAGGUGCAUGCGUCAGCCGAGAAAGCGGCGCAAGAAGCACUGUAUGCCCAGGAGCGAGCGAUGACCGCCACGCAUCAAGCUAUCGUGUCCCCAUUGCAUACCCAGAUUGCUGAGCUUCAAGUCAAAUGCAACCACGUACAGCGAGCGGUAGAUGACCUCACUAAGCAGCUCGCCAAGAGCGAGGAAAUGCGUCACGCCGAAGUCCUCCGUCGAACUCAAGCGGAGACCAAGUUGCAUGAAUGCACACGGCAUUUAAUGACAAUGAGAAAUCAAGUAAAGAAGGCGACGGCGGGCAUCGCAGAGUCCAAGACCCAAGCCAAGACGAUGGCACAACAAGUCGCCGAUGCACAAGGGCAGUAUGCGGAGCUCAAGCUGACGUUGGUCACAUCGGAAGCCAACUUUGCUAGCAUGGUGAAAUGCCUAACGCAGGACAUCCAGUACCUGCAGCAAUCUCUCGCCAAGGAAGAAUCGUCGAGGGCGGCUGUGGAGGCAUGUGUCCAUCUAGAUAGCAGACACACUCAUGAAGUUGACGACCAGAUGGCAUCGUAGGAAAAACUAGCGGCCGCGACGUCAGCCAUGGCUGCGUGUGCCGCGUCGAAGCGGAAAGUCGAAGCGCGAGAACUCCUGGCCAAGCACCGGUUGGACCAAUUGCAAAGUAGCUGGGACGCCGACGUCGCGCGGUGGACGGCGACCGUGCAAGAGGAGCGCGAAAAGGUCAAGCUUGCGAACGAAAUCGCCGACCAAGUGCGGGGUCAAUUCAUGGACCUCCAGCGUGAAUCCCAGGACAUUCGUAGCCAGCUGGACGCGGCAACAGCAUGCAAAACCGAGCUCGACGCGUCGUGGACAGCGCGCAUGUGUGACGUCGAGUCGAAAGUGCACGCGUUGGACGCGGCAAACCAAGCGCUGCGAAAGGACAAUGCCGCGCUCAAGCAAGAGUUGCGCGUCGAGCAGGCGCUCUUCAGAGGCGCCAAGGCAUUAAAGUGUAGUUGAGACAGCAUGGCCAGAACGAGCGACGUCAUCUCGCUGAGCGACGCAAACGUGAGUUGGGGUGAUGUCUCAUUGGCCAAUUUCAGACGAAAAUAAGCCAAUCAAACUAUUUAAAGAUGCA